AGUUCGAGUUUUAUUCAGACUCUGACUCUCGUCGAGAUCAUACCACAAGCGUGCGCGAUCCGUUGGAUUAAUUUUGUUCUUUUUUUUGUUAAAUACCUAAAGAAACCGCAUCAUAGACGAAUUACAUUUAUUCCUCCCACACUUUGUCUUGUCAGUUAAUUAAGUGACAUUUGGACGUCUUUUUAUUUUGACAACAAUAAAUAUAAUUAUCAUCAAUCGGUAAUAACUUGAUUCCGGUUCUCAAAACGAAUUACACCGUGUGACAUUCUCAUAUUGUUUUAUUAUGUGGUUUUACCUACGGUGAUAAUUCUCUCGUAGAUAGUUUUGUAUCUUUUUGUGAUGAAAUGAAUAAAACACGAUUUUGUUUGUGUUAAGUUUUUGUGAAUAAAAUAGAAAAACAUUGAAUACAAAUUCAGAAAAGCAAAAAAGAUAAAUCAAACUUUUUUCAACUCCUGUGCCACACUACGCAUAAAGGGAUACUUUUAAAAUUUUGGUAAUUUAUGACUAAAAUGAUUCCGCCGGUUCCUACAUCAGCUGUGAUGAUGCCAACACCAAAACAAAAAAUCGGGUUCAGUAUUGAAUCUAUUGUUGGCGGUAAUGAUGCCUCGAAUCAGUCCUCAAACUCACCACCACCGCCACAAACAACAACCGCCCAUCACCAGCUUUUGCACCAUCAGCUGCAUCACCAUCCGUCGCUGCACCAGCACAUAUUGCAACAGCAAACUUCACCGAAACUUGAGACUCGUCAUGAUAUCCAGGACAUUAUCAAUCGGUUGCACAAUUCCGCCGCUGCUGCUGCCAUCCACAAUAACAACAUCAAUAACAACAACAAUCAUAUCCUGAGUGGAUCGUACAGUCCGCCUCAGACGAGACUUACCCCGGAAGAGUCGAUAAUGCACCUUAAACGUGAACGCUCACCCGGCCCCAACCAAUUGCCGCAUCCAAUCCGCCAUCAACCACCUCACACACCACCAAGAUCUGCCUCACCGGGUUCCUCGCAUGCCUCACCGAUAAGUCACCAUCAGCAGCCGCAGCAAGUGCAGCAACAGCAGCCACCUCCACCACCCGCCUACAAUAAAGGUCCUAUCAUGGUGCCGGGAAUGCCGCCGGCAGGCCUUGUUCGACCCUUCCCAAUGGGUCCAGCUCCCCCUCAGCCUCCGCAAAAUCAAAUGCCCGACAUCAAAGCUCUGCCACCUUACAUCAAUGCCCCCCCGGAGAUGCAAGUUCCAUCACACAAUCCUCAUUUGUUGGCUGCCGCGCAAUUCCAAAUGGCUGCUGCUCUGCAAGCCGGCCAUGUAUUAGGACCCGCAGCGGCUGCCGCAGCUGCAGCCGGCCUGCCACCUCAUUCGCCAUUCUUGCCAAAUCACGGACAAAUGCCUCGAGAAAGCUAUCCCCUGUAUCCAUGGCUGUUGAGCAGACACGGACGGAUUUUCCCACAUCGUUUCCCAGGAAAUUUCCUUCUGCAACCAUUCCGCAAGCCGAAACGUAUCCGUACUGCAUUUUCACCAUCACAAUUGCUGAAAUUGGAACAUGCCUUCGAGAGCAAUCAAUAUGUGGUUGGAGCCGAACGUAAGGCGCUCGCUCAAUCACUGAAUCUAUCAGAGACCCAAGUGAAAGUGUGGUUCCAGAACAGGCGCACGAAGCACAAGCGCAUGCAGCAAGAAGAUGAGAAGGGCAGUGGUGGCGGCCAAGGUAAUUCGUCAUCGGACAAGAACUCCAACAACAAUGGUGCCAGCUGUGAUGAGGAAGACGAUGAGCUGAUCGACAUGGAGAUGGAUGACUGUCCAAGCGACGACGAAUUAGAUACAAGUCAUUAGUUGUUGAAAAUGUGUAUCUUUUAUCAGUAAAUAUUUAAUAUCUUUUAUCAAAUUAGCCCUGAAAAGUCUGUGCAUUCGCAUGCUAGCGUUGUGCGUAUGUGAAUGGUUGUAAAUAUUUCUAUAAUAUAUUUUUGUUCUAAUUUAAUUUAUGAUUUUUGUGAUAUAAUAUUAUAGAAGAAAAAGUGAUGGAGAGAGAGAUAAUAAUUAGAGAAAAAAUAAAUGAUUUUUGUAAAUAAAUUUAUUUCCAUAUAAAAUGUGUAGAAACUAAUUUUAAGAAACCUGUGCCAAACUGGAUUUUGUGUGCACUUAUUAAAUAUGCAACUAUUAGAACUGUACAAAGCUUUUCUUAAAUCAACAAUAAAAUUUAAAAAAAGAAAAACAAAUAAAUAAAUGUUAAAUGUGGCACUUUUUCGAAAAAAAACUGGUGCUUUUCUAUCUAACUCGUAUUUAGAUAAUGUAAAUGAUUUUCAUUAAUUUUUAAGAAUUAUUAUUUGAUUUUUUACGCUGAAAUAAUAUUAAUAAAAAAUGGGAGAGAUCAGGCAUAAGUUUAAACAAAAAUCAAUUAUUAUAGAUAUGUACGUAAAUUAAUUUAAAUUUUAAGAUUUUAGAAAUGAAAUUUAUGUGAGCUAGGCUUAGAAAAAAUGGAAAAUAUAAUUAACUAAGAAAACAAAAGUAAUUUAAAUAAA